AUGAGCCCAUCAAACCACCUAGCUGCUCUGGAGGAAGCGACGGAAACGGUCUCUUACAAGAUCUAUCUGUCGAACACUCUAAGCUCCUACGAAGAAUGGUUGAUUUGGAUAUCGAACAAUCUUCGCCUCGAUGAUCUUCUGGAUGUCACCACAUUGGGCAUUCCAGCUAUCCUAGAGGACUUCCAAGCCGGCAUGCUCACGCCCCCGGCUGCUUCGCAACCGUCGACAUCUGGCGACGAGGAAAAUACUUCACCCUCCGCGUCAGCCGCGCCUACUCCUUCGGCCGCGGACGCCGAGGCAAUUCGCCUCCGUGCCCUUGUGCUCAAAGGCAUCAAUGCCAAGGCAAGUAGGCUGAUCAGCCCACCGAGAAGAAGAAUGGACAUCCACCAUACUUUGGACUUGAAAACGCGGAACGCAUUGAUGAUCGUAAUGAGACCGAACAGGGCGAUGAACACAACCGCUGCCGCUGCAAAGGAAAAGUCAGGACUGGAGUCAGAAGGAGUGGCGAUCGCUGGCUCGGCGGAAGCCAUCCUGGCGCGAUAA